CAGACGCGCAAAUGAGUUCGGUUCGUGCGGCCCUGGUCACCUCCCUGAACACAAAAGGGAGGUGCAUGGACAACAGAGGCGCUGGACCGUCCUUUCUGGGCUUUACUCACAAGGCAGGAUGGAUUCUCGUAACCUGUGAGAAUCAACGCAGCAAAGACUGGCUUGUGAGCGAAGUCCCAAAUUGCAAGCCAUGGCCUGAGGCGAACCUAUCCAUAAUGGAGGAUAGCGAGCUUCCAAAGCCAUGGAUUGCAACCACCCUCAUUCCGGCGACUGAUGCGUCCUCUGUCUCUGAGGCUCUGGACACCAUCAGAUACCAGAAUGAGGGGCUUUACCCUGAACACUGGAGGGUCCUCAGCGAGAAGGUCGACGGAGCAGGCAUCAUUGCUGCCAUCUCCCUCGACGAGAUCUCCGUUGAGACCCUCCGCGCACGUGACUUUCGGGUCAAUAUUGGCUUCCGGAAGAUAGUGUUCAGGGUGAGAGGAGCCAAUACUGGUUCUGCCUCGGGGGCAGCUGCAGAGGUGCACACUAACCCGGCGACUGCAGCACCUGGCUCGACUGGCCUGGGAGUGGGGUCGGCUGGGCUAAGCACCAGUUCGGCACCACCCGCUCCUGGCCCAAGCGGGCUGGGGGGCAGGAGCGCGGGGAACCAGGGGAGAGCAGUACCCGGUACGAGCGGACGGGGGGGGGGAGGUGCCGGCCGUAAAACUGGUAGCUCCUACAACCCUGUAUCGAGCGGACUGGCGGGCUCUCAUACUGGGCAAAACACCUCUGCGGCUGGCCGUAGAGGAAAGGCGGGCAAGGGGCCUAAGGGGGCUCAUUCCGGCAGAGGGCACGCGCCCUCUCCAACGGGAGGAGGCUCUGGUGGACCCGCACCCGUCGUUAAAAGGGCCAAAUAAAUGGCGACUCCCGGGGCACCGGCGAGGGUCCUCCAAGCUAACCUUCACCACGCGGCCG